AUGUUAUCUGGGUUGAUGAACUUUUUAUGGGCCUGUUUUCGGCCGAGAGGAGAUCAAUAUAUUCACGAUGGCUCGGAUGCUGCUGCCCGUCAAGACGGGCUUUUGUGGUACAAGGACUCGGGCCAACAUUUUAAUGGUGAUUUCUCGAUGGCUGUAGUUCAGGCGAAUAAUUUACUCGAGGAUCAGACCCAACUCGAGUCCGGUUGUUUGAGCACGAGCGAUUUAGGGCCUUACGGCACUUUCGUCGGGGUUUAUGAUGGACAUGGAGGUCCCGAGACCUCGAGGUUCAUCAAUGAUAAUCUCUUCCAACAUCUGAAGAACUUCACGGCCGAGCAUCAAUCUAUGUCAGUAGAAGCCAUCCGAAAGGCAUUUGAAGCAACAGAAAACGGGUUCUCCUCGCUUGUCAGUAGGCAGUGGCCUUUGAAGCCGCAAAUUGCUGCCGUUGGCUCGUGCUGCCUUGCUGGCGUUAUCUGCGGUGGGACCCUUUACGUGGCCAACUUGGGAGACUCGCGAGCUGUCUUAGGGAGGCUCGUCAAGUCCACAGGUGAAGUAAUUGCCCUCCAGCUGUCAGCCGAGCAUAAUGCUAGCUUCGAGUCCGUAAGGCAGGAGCUUCAGUCCUUGCACCCGGACGAUUCACAGAUUGUGGUUCUGAGGCAUAAUGUGUGGCGAGUCAAGGGACUUAUACAGAUCUCGAGAUCAAUCGGGGAUGUGUAUUUGAAAAAGCCCGAAUACAACAGGGAGCCUCUGUACCAGAAAUUCAGACUUCGUGAGCCUUUCAAAAGACCGAUUUUGAGCUCAGAACCAUCGAUUACCGUGCACCCGAUAUUACCUCACGAUCAGUUUAUCAUUUUUGCUUCGGACGGUCUUUGGGAGCAUCUCACUAACCAAGAAGCUGUUGACUUAGUUCAAAACCAUCCACGAAGCGGUAGUGCCCGUAGACUAGUGAAAGCAGCCUUACAGGUGGCGGCCAAGAAGAGGGAAAUGAGGUAUUCUGAUCUCAAGAAAAUCGACCGUGGGGUCCGCCGUCAUUUUCACGAUGACAUCACGGUUGUUGUCGUUUUUCUCGACUCGCAUCUCGUUAACCGAGCCAGCUCAAACCGAUGCCCCAACAUUUCGGUCAAAGGCCCAACCGAACCAAUCUUGACCUGA